AAUGCAAAAUGUGGAGCAAAAUCAUCCCUUCCGUUUUGAGUAUUUUCAGUUUGCUCGCAGUAAUUCCAGCCAAAUCGAUUGACAAUUCUAAUCAAUGCUUUACAUAAUCAGAGUGUGUUUCAGAUGGACUUCAACACCAAGACAUAUUGAAUUGCUUAUAUUCUCUAUCUUACAAGGAUCGGCAACCAAUAAUCGGUUACGUUCAGCAAAAUUUCUACUCGUACAAUACUGAUAGCAUAGCCGAAGCACUACAGAUUUAUUGCACACUCAGCGGUGAUGCACAACUUGAUGCAUUUCGAAAAACUCUCAAUGGCGUUAUCAGCUAUAAGAAUGAAAGACAACCAAUAUUCCUGUAUGGCCAGAAACUGUUAUACUCAUACAACACUAAUAACAUAUCUGAAGCACUCAAAGAAUAUAUGCAACUUUAGUGGAGAAAAAAAAGAUAACGAAGCAAUUCACGAUUACAUCGAGAAAAAUUUCUACUCGUACCAUACCGAUGACCCAUCGAAAGAAAUUGACAUAUAUUGUCAUCUAAACGGAGAUGAACAGCGCAAGGCAUAUGAAAAAACUUUCAAUGGCGUUUACAGCUUUCAGAAAAUGGCAUGCAGUGAUAAAAAGCAGAAGCGUCAAUGCCGAAGUACAAAAAAAUUACUGAAAUGCUUCUACAGGGUUCUCAACGAUCUGAAGAAAAAGAAGUAUUGCGAGUAAACUAAUCGGGAACUACAGAAUCCAAGAUUUGUUUAUUUUCGGCAACAAGCCAUGAUUGAAAUUCGCUUAUAAUCUGUAAUACAUGUCAAAAUAUUUUUCAAAAAUAAAAUUACUGCAU